UUUGUAGAUGCAAAAUGUCUGUGAAUGCGGUAUAAUCUGAGCACAUACGUGGACGUGAAACUAAGCUUUUUCUCGUCGUGAACAUUAAUUGUGUUGCCAAGAGGAGAGAUGGAGGCGUCCCGGAGGAGCGAGAGUGACUGGCAGGGGUUAGUGAGCGAGUUCCUGGUUUGUAAGAGGAAGUUGGAGAGCAAGAAAGAAGCCCUUCUGAUUCUGUCUAAAGAGCUGGACACCUGCCAACAGGAGCGCGAUCAGUUCAAGCUGAUGGCCAACCAGCUCCGUGAACGACACCAAGGACUCAAGAAGAAGUACAGAGAACUCAUUGUAACUGACAGGAGGAGAUCCUUCCUGCCUCCUGAGAAAAGGAAUCAAGUGAGUUUGGCUCAACUUCUCAGGGACUCCAGAGAAAAAAACAGUCACCUUUCCGAAGAGGUGAAGGAGCUGAAGCAGCGCCUCUUAGAGGCUCAGGGCGACAACAAGCUCCUUCGAAUGACCAUCACCAAGCAGAGGCUGGGAGACGAGGAGGUCGGAGCGCGACACUUUCCUGCACACGAGAGAGAAGAUCUGGUGAGACAGCUGGAAAGAUCGAGGGAGCAGAACGAAGUGCUGGAGCACACCGUCAAGUCGCUCACAGAUGAGCUUCAGGACGUCCGAGCUGAGCGGGACGUCUUUCAACAGAAGGCUUACCGUCUCAACCUGGAAAUGAACCACAUCGUCGGGAAUGACGAGAUCCGGAUUUUAGACAUUGAUGCACUGUGUAUGGAGAACAGGUACUUGCACGAGCGUCUGGGCCAGCUCCAAGAAGAAGUGAACUUACUCAAAACAAAUCUGUUGAAAUACAAGAAUGCUCUUGAAUGUAGGAAGAACUCUAAAAUUGGUGGGAAACCCAACAGCAGUGCUUUGACUGGAGUUCUCUCUGCAAAACAAGUGAAGGAGCUGUUACUGUCUGAGGAGAACGGCUGCAGUUUGCCGGUGACCCCUCAGUCCAUCUCCGACCUCAAGUCUUUAGCCACGGCCCUGCUGGAGACCAUCCAUGAGAAGAACAUGGUGAUUCAGCACCAGCGUCAAAUCAACAAGAUUCUCGGGAGUCGAGUGGCAGAGCUGGAGAAGAAAAUCAAAACCCUUGAGUUGUCUGGACUAUGGAGCCUUCCAGGGCUGACUUAUAAUGUGUCUCUGGGAACAUAUGGAAGAGGAAAAGAUGCCAUCAUCUUGAACACUCAGCAGGUUGAAUCCUCAGAUGGUGCUGGACAAGAGUGUGUUACGGAAAGUGGAAAUGUGCAAACCGAGCUGCGGAGCUCCUCAGAAGUGGACAAAGACAGUGAAACGCCAGCUGUGUCAGAUUUUCAGGAACUGUGUGACCAGAGCUUCUCCCAGCAGUGGACUGAGGACGAGCCGGCCAGCUCCCACACAGAAGAGCCUGACAGGGACAAAUGUCAAGACGACGGCCAUUCGCAGGACGCCACAGAUUGUAGUACUUUCACAAAAGUAGACGAGUGUCUGAGUGACUCACCUCCCGCAGUGACGCCUCUGGAAAAAACCCACCCAUCAGACUGCUGCCGCUCCCAGAGACCCUCAGAGAACUCAGACCUCACAGCAGCAGACGAGGAGGAGUCAGAUGGAUGCGCUGAAGAGGAGGAAGCUGAGGAAACAGAGGGUGUUUUAACGGAGGGAGUUGUUCUAACCCCGACUGUAUCGCCUGGUGAUUCUGAAGAGCAGCAGGAGUUCCUCCAGUCAAACCAGCAGGAAAAUGUUAACCAUCCGGAGACAUGAAGACUCCAUUUUCAG